ACUCUCCCUCUCUCCCUCUCUCCCUCUCUCCCUCUCUCCCUCUCUUCCUCCUGCCGCUGACAGGAAGAUGGUACCGUGCACAGAGUGUCCUCCACGCGAACCGAAGGCGUCCCUCACCGACUCGCUGCGGGACUUCUGAACCCGACCAUGCCGUGCUACGCCAGGUUUCUGUUCUUGCUUCUGUGUCUGAUCCUGCUCGGGGAGUGCAGGAAGCACAAAAGUAGGAAAAAGCGCUGGUCCGCGCCGGCGGAGAACCACAAGCCAGGCACUCCUCUGUCGAAGAAGGUUGCCGAUGGAACCAAAUCCCGGAAGACGAAGACCAGCCACCUGCUGCGCAUAGACGAGCACGACUUCACCAUGAGGCCCGCCUUCGCAGGUCCAGCUGUCCCUGUUGGAGUGGAUGUGCAGGUGGAGAGCUUGGACAGCAUAUCAGAGGUGGACAUGGACUUCACCAUGACCCUGUAUCUAAGGCACUACUGGAAGGACGAGAGGCUUGCCUUCCCAAGCUCCACCAACAAGAGCAUGACAUUUGACGGGCGCCUGGUGAAGAAAAUCUGGGUGCCUGAUGUGUUCUUCGUCCACUCCAAGAGGUCUUUCAUCCAUGACACCACCACUGAAAACAUCAUGCUGCGGGUGUUUCCGGACGGUCAUGUCUUGUACAGCCUGAGGGUUACAGUAACUGCUGCAUGCAACAUGGACUUCAGUCGUUUUCCUUUGGACUCGCAGACAUGCACGCUCGAGCUGGAGAGCUAUGCUUACACAGACGAAGACCUGAUGCUGUAUUGGAAAAGCGGUGACGAGUCCCUGAGCACUGACGACAGGAUUUCUCUGUCUCAGUUCCUCAUCCAGAAGUUUCACACCACUUCAAGACUAGCUUUCUACAGCAGCACAGGCUGGUACAACCGUCUGUACAUCAACUUCACCCUGCGGCGUCACAUCUUCUUCUUCCUGCUGCAGACCUACUUCCCGGCCACUCUGAUGGUCAU